UGCACUUUGGUAUAUUGGUAUCAUUCACUGUCAUGGCUACUGAGCAAGUGGCCAUUUAGCCCUGUUACGGUAUCAACAUCUUUGGAGAAAAAUAACAUUUCUUCACUUAUUGGGGGCAGUAAUAGUGGUUUUAACGACUAUUUUGGCUUAGCUAGAUAAUUCAUCAUGGCGGGGAGUAGCACCGCUCAGAAAACAUGGGAGCUAUCGAACAGCAUGCAGGAAGUUCAGAGUAUUGACGAAAUUUACAAAUAUGACAAAAAGCAACAACAAGAAAUCCUCGCUGCGAAGCCAUGGACAAAGGAUCAUCACUAUUUCAAGUACUGCAAGAUCUCAGCCUUGGCCCUGUUGAAGAUGGUGAUGCAUGCCAGGUCUGGAGGAAACCUGGAGGUGAUGGGCCUAAUGCUGGGGAAGGUGGAUGGUGAAACCAUGAUGAUUAUGGACAGCUUUGCCUUGCCCGUGGAGGGCACAGAAACUCGAGUCAACGCCCAGGCUGCAGCAUAUGAAUACAUGGCUGCCUACAUUGAAAAUGCCAAACAGGUUGGCCGGCUGGAGAAUGCUAUUGGCUGGUACCACAGUCACCCGGGCUAUGGAUGCUGGCUCUCGGGCAUAGAUGUCAGCACUCAGAUGCUCAACCAGCAGUUUCAGGAGCCUUUCGUGGCCGUUGUGAUCGACCCCACUCGGACUAUUUCUGCAGGGAAAGUCAACCUUGGCGCCUUCAGGACCUACCCAAAGGGUUACAAACCUCCUGAUGAGGGACCCUCAGAAUACCAAACAAUCCCCUUGAACAAGAUUGAAGACUUUGGUGUUCACUGUAAACAGUAUUACGCCCUGGAAGUUACUUACUUUAAGUCCUCCCUUGAUAGAAAGCUUCUGGAACUCCUUUGGAACAAAUAUUGGGUCAAUACCUUAAGUUCCUCAAGUCUCCUCACGAACUCGGACUACACUACAGGCCAGGUGUUUGACUUGUCGGAGAAGCUGGAGCAGUCUGAGGCCCAGCUGGGCAGAGGCAGCUUCAUGCUCGGGUUGGACACGCAUGACAGGAAGUCUGAGGACAAACUGGCCAAAGCAACACGAGAUAGCUGCAAGACAACCAUAGAGGCGAUUCAUGGUCUGAUGUCUCAAGUCAUCAAGGACAAACUCUUCAAUCAGAUCAACACAUCUGGCAAUUAAACUUGAACUACGAGCCAAUUUGGAUUUCACCUGGAGGUCUUUUCUUGUGCAUGUGUAGCACUUUUUGGUUUAUGGUUUAUGUUUCACUGCUAAGGGUAGGAUUAUCUGUGAAUUAUCUUGAAGGUGUUUUUAAAAAAAAAAAAAAAAAAAAAAUUAAGUUUCUUUUUUUCUCCUAGUAGUAGUUAAGGAUUAUACAGUCAAGGACUCAUGCAAAAAAUAAAACAUAAAAAGUGCAA